AUGGAUAUUCAAGGGUUCUGGGGUAAUCAACUUAUCAAAUUUUUUGUUGUAUGUGGACGAGAAGGUGCUCAAAUAGAACCAGGCAAAAGUUAUACUCAGGCGGUGACCUCUCCAUUUAUGGUGACUAUGGCUGCCUUGUCAGACGUGAUCGUAGACAAUGCAAGAAGCUCACUUUGUAUUCGUGUGAACGAAUUGGAAUUUGUCCUGUGCUCAUUGACUCCGGGAAGGUUAGAACAACAACCUUUAAACUUGACUUUGGUAGAAGGGGAAACGGUGACUUUUGCGAUCAAAGGCAAAAAUUCAAUUCAUUUGACGGGGAACUACAUACUUGACAACGACGAGGACGAUAUUACCUUGGAAAAUGGUUUAGAAGCUAGUGAUAUGACGCUUCAUGAACCUUCAUCGACCGUUAAUGACGACUAUCAACCUCUUGCCAAUGUCCAACGUGAACUCGACAAUGCUCUUCAACUAUUAAAACGAUCAGCAAAUGGUAAUAUUCAGAAUCAACGGAAAAGACAAAAAGGGUCUCAUGAUACAUUAUUAUCAACAACCACUCCCUGGAGUGUGGAACAGCAAAAAGAGAUCCCACCAGCAGAAAAAGAUAUAUCAACAUCAUUGGAACAACAACAAGGAGGACGACACGUAUCUGAAUCAUCAAGGCGAGGAUCACAGCAAACAUCCAUACCACCACAAGACCAAUUUUACUCAUCAUCCGCAAAUCAAACACCAAUCCCUGAGGACAAAUCCACAUCCAAUAAUAGCAUGACGAACAAAGAAAAAGGGACAGCAGGAAAUAGUACAACGACAAAAAAUCAACCGAUGGUCAGAAAGCCUACCGUUAUCAGCAAUGAAGAAAAUACGGAACAAAAUGAACAAGGACGUUCAAAGCAACAAAGCAAAGCAACGACAGCAUCAGCAGAAAACAGCCCUCGUACAUCAAUAUCAGAAAAAGGACACACUAUUAGACAUUUACCGAAUGGGAUGAUUGUAGAGGAUAUAAAAAUUGGAAAGGGAGCACCAGCUGGUCCUGGAAAUCGUGUUGGGAUGCGAUAUAUUGGCAAAUUGAUAAAUGGAGAAACAUUCGACUGCAAUGUGACUGGACCCCUUUUCAAGUUUAUAUUAGGCAGGAAACAAGUGAUUCGCGGCUGGGACGUGGGUGUGGCUGGCAUGAAGGUGGGUGGUGAGCGCAAAUUAACUAUUCCUCCAAAGUUGGCAUAUGGAAAAAGAGGGAUUCCACCAUCGAUAGGUCCUGGUGCAACUUUGAUCUUUGAAAUCAAGCUACUGGAAUUGCAAUAG